AAAAACUACAUUCCCCACCAUGCAACGCAAAUUCACACUUCCUGUUAGCUCGGUGAAGAUAGCGGACGAGCGGUCGAAGACAUUUACUGAUGUAUUUAUGUUAAAAUCGUAGCAUAAUAGUUCAGGAAACGAGCUGUUCUGGAGCCUCUCAGAUCUAUAAUUAGGAGACGACAAUGAUCCGCUUCAUCCUCAUCCAGAACCGAGCAGGGAAGACACGACUGGCCAAAUGGUACAUGCAGUUUGAUGAUGAUGAGAAGCAGAAGUUGAUUGAGGAAGUGCAUGCUGUGGUGACUGUCAGGGAUGCCAAGCACACCAACUUUGUGGAGUUCAGGAACUUCAAGAUCAUUUACCGGCGUUAUGCUGGUCUGUACUUCUGUAUUUGCGUGGACGUGACUGAUAACAACUUGGCAUACCUCGAGGGAAUCCACAACUUUGUAGAGGUGCUGAAUGAGUAUUUCCACAACGUGUGUGAAUUGGACCUUGUGUUCAACUUCUACAAGGUGUACACGGUGGUGGACGAGAUGUUCCUGGCGGGAGAAAUCAGGGAGACCAGUCAGACCAAGGUCCUCAAGCAGCUCCUCAUGCUCCAGUCGCUCGAGUAGAAAACAAGACAACCCACCCUUCCCACUAAUCUGCUGCCCUGGUACCCUAAACCAACCUACUCCCCAUUUCGUCACUCUGGAAACCAUUUUCCUGCCUCUCGACUUUCAGGAGGGGGGUGUUUUUUAGAAAUAGAAAUACACAAUAUUGUUUACAUAUGGAUAUAUAAUAGGGAAGUUCAGUAAACCUGUUUGUCACAGCGGUCUAUAUGUUGCAAUAUUCUGUAUUUGUUAUACGUCUAAUGAAGUCUCCCAGUAUUAAAAGGCUGUACAUUUCAACAUGUUAGCAUUUCAUAUACCGCCAACUUUAUAUUUUGUACACUUUUGUUCAAAGCCAGAGGCUGCAGAAAUUAGUUAUUUCAUGAAGUAACCAGUUAUUCUUUGCAUUUAUCUCAGUGGAAACACCGCUCUCUCCUUCCCUCCUCCUCCUCUUCUCCCCUUAUUAAGCUCAACUUUCAUUUAAUGGCACUACUGUAACUAACAAGCACCACGUAUAAAGAGCGACUGCCUGCAACAGCUGUUUCUAUGAAUCCGUGUAGAGAAAGACCUCGCCGGUGAUGUGGUAAUAGACUCGUCACGCCUUCUGCUCAUUUUGCAUCGGGAUCACAGGACAAGCAAACUACAACUAGAAAGCCCUUUAGAGCAAUUGACCCACCACGGCAGGUUCAUAAUUGAAUGGAGUGUACUUAGGAUGAGUGCCAUUUUGACGGUGUGUUAUGGCAACCUGUGCUGUGUCAGACAUCCUCAUGGCUGACGAUGAUAAACAGUUAUAGGCAUGUUAGCUCAGAUGGCUCUAAGUGUUGUAAUGGUUUGCAUUGCAUCAACUCAUAACAUUAAAUGGUGCUUGUUGGUCACACUUUGAAAAACAAACAAACACUUAAAACACACUCAGACAGAAAAUAAGACCCGGAUGUAGAAAGUAUAUUUUACAUAAAGCAGUACUGUGAAGUUUGCUUUGUACGGUGUGUACAAACAGUGUAUCUUGCGUAUGUUGAAUAUUGUGAAAUGAAUACAUGCAUUCCAGAAAGAGUUGUUCUAGCUCGCUAAACGGUCUGAGGAGUAUUUACUUGUGUCAGAUCCAUAAUCUCCUUUGCAACUGCGUGAAAUAAUUGGCUUUUUUAAAUUCCUCCUACAAGCCUCAUGAACUUCCACUUUUAUUCAUUUCCCUUUUUGCUGGUUUAUGAAAUGACGUGUCAUACUCUAACUUUACCAUAUCCAGUCUCAAAGGUGGUUUCAAAUGUUACUGUUGAUGAACUUUUGUAUUUUUUUUUUUUUUUUUUUAAAUGAUUAGGCAAUUGUGAAAUAUGUACCGCUUCCCUUCUUGUCCACCUGUGUGAGUUUGUUGAUGGAAGAUGUGUGUUUGUAUGUUUUACUGUCUCCUAUUCAACUACCCACAUCUAUACGUCCCAUUAUAUGUAAAUAAUAAAAUAAACAGAUGAAGUGAUAAAUGAA